AUGGCAAAGAAAAGUAGCAUUGCCAGGGAGAAGAAGAGGCAAAAAUUGGAAAAAAAAUAUCAUUUGAUUCGACGAUCUCCAAAAAAAGAAAUGAGCAAAGCUCAGUCGUUAAGUGAGAAAUGGGAAAUUAAGGCAAAGUUCGAAGCACUACCGCGUAAUAGUGCACCUACACGUCUUCAUCGACGUUGUUUUGCGACUGGAAGAUCACGAGGUAAUUAUCGACACUUUGGAUUAUCUAGACACGCACUUCGUGAAAUGGUUCAUCAAUGUUUGUUGCCUGGUGCAACAAGAUCGAGUUGGUAA